CCCCGCGGGGGGGGCGGGAGGGGGGACCGAGGGAGAAAGGCAAACCCAAAGCAUUCCGAGCUAAGCCGAGAUGCGCCGUCCGUAACCCGCAGGCUAGGGCAGGUUGUUCGUUUGGCCAAACACCUGAGCAAUAAAGCACGACCGAACAAUUGAGAGCGGGAGGGCGGGCAGAGGGGGCAGCGCGAACUUUGCCGGAGUUGGGGUCUGCUGGGGGGGCGGGCGCGAUGCCGCCCUGGCUGCUCGGCAGCCUCUGCUGCGUGCUGGCGGCGCGGGCGGCGCUGGGCGGCGGCCCCGCGGGCGCGGAGGCGGCGGCGGUGGAGGAGGAGGAGAAGCUGAUCCGGGUGCUGGUGCUGUUGCCGCAGGACGACGCCUACCUCUUCUCGCUGGGGCGGGUGCGGCCGGCCAUCGAGUACGCGGUGCGGAGCCUGCGGGAGAGCGGCUCCGGCCUGCCGCCCGGCUACGCCUUCCAGCUCACCUACGAGGACUCGGCGUGCGGCAACCGCGCCCUCUUCAGCCUGGUGGACAUGGUGGCCCUGCAGCGCCAACGGCCCGACCUGCUGCUGGGGCCCGUCUGCGAGUACGCGGCGGCGCCGGUGGCGCGGCUGGCUGCGCACUGGGACGUGCCCAUGCUGUCGGCGGGGGCGCUGGCCGCCGGCUUCGGGGCCAAGGGCGGCGAGUACUCUCACCUCACGCGCGUGGCCCCCGCCUACGCCAAGAUGGGCGAGAUGCUGCUGGCCCUUUUCCGUCACCACCAGUGGAGCCGCGCCACGCUGCUCUACAGCGACAGCAACCCCGAGCGCAGCUGCUACUUCGCCAUGGAAGGCGUCCAUAUGGUCUUCCAGGAUGAGGCCUUCCACAUGGCUGUGCACAGCUUCGACGAGACCAGCCGCCACCUCGACAUCGACGAUGUCGUUCGCGCCCUGCAGGCUGGCGAGAGGGUUGUAAUCAUGUGUGCCAGCGGUGACACAAUCAGGAACAUCAUGUUAGCUGCUCAUCGACAAGGAAUGACCAAUGGGGACUAUGCUUUCUUCAAUAUUGAACUCUUCAACAGCUCAUCAUAUGGAAAUGGCUCUUGGAGGAGAGGAGACAAGCAUGACCUUGAAGCAAAGAAAGCAUACUCAUACCUCCAAACAAUCACUCUGCUGAGGACUGUGAAGCCUGAGUUUGAGAAGUUUUCCCUAGAAGUGAAAAGUUCUGUUCAGAAGCAAGGUCUGCAUGAGGAUGACUAUGUGAACAUGUUUGUGGAAGGAUUCCACGACGCUAUCCUUCUUUAUGCUCUGGCUUUACAGGAAGUCCUGAAGUUUGGUUUCAGUAAGAAAGACGGGGAAAAAAUUGUUCAGCAAACACGUAAUAGAACAUAUGAAGGCAUUGCAGGGCAGGUGUCCAUUGAUGCCAAUGGGGACAGAUACGGGGAUUUCUCAGUGAUUGCAAUGACAGACCCAGAGGCCGGCACACAGGAGGUGAUUGGAGACUACUAUGGAAAGCAGGGGCGUUUUGAAAUUCGAUCAAAUGUGAAAUAUCCUUGGAAUUACGGCAGGCUGAGAGUAGAUGAAAGCCGAGUUUUGGAGCACACAAACAAUACACCAUGUAAAUCAUCAGGUGGUCUAGGAGAAUCAGCAGUUACAGGAAUAGUCGUGGGUGCCUUACUUGGAGCAGGAUUGCUAAUGGCUUUUUACUUUUUCAGAAAGAAAUACAGAAUAACUAUUGAGAGACGAACUCAGCAGGAGGACUGUAACAUGGGGAAACAUCGGCAGUUACGCGAAGACUCCAUUAGAUCUCAUUUUUCUGCUGCAUAAAGAAGAAGAAAAAUAAUCCCAUUCUUCCUGGGGAAAAAAAAAAGAAUUAGGGGAAUGGGCGCAACCAAAGACAUGAGUGUAAAAAAGAAGAGGCUCUUGAGGAACUCACUCUUUUAAGCAGUAAUUUUGUCUUAAUUUUUUUCAGAAGCUCAGGAAUGGUUUACUAAUCACAUGAUGCCGCAUGGCCUUUCAUCUCAUGAACAAAAAUGAUGCAGUUUGGUGUUACAGGAUGUACUUAAUAUGUAAAGACAAUAUUUCUUAAGACAUGUAUUAAGAACGGCAGAUAUGUGUUUAAUUGAUGGGGAUGCUGUAUUGUUUCCCUUUUUUCAGCUCCUUCUGCCACCUUCCUUAGUUGCACCUCGCUCAUGGGUAUCAAAUACAGAUUCACAGACACAAAUGCUAGUUUGCUGUCGAACUGAAAAGAUGAAAAAGAUGAAAAGAUCAAAAGUACUGAUUCUCCCUCUUAUGUACCGGGAGUUUAGAAAAAACUCCAGUGAAGUAUGUGGAGUUUCGCUGGUAUGAAAUAGUGAAAGAGAAGAGGCCUCCAGAGCAGAUGGGCUAAUUCUGCAGUCUUAUAUGUAUUUUUAUUGUGCUCUUUUCUUUCCACUCAAUCACCUUUCGGAGCCCAUGUGGAGCCUUUUCCUGUUCCCAAUGAAGUCAAUGGCAAAAUCCCAUUAACUUCAGUGAGCACAGGAUUGCAUCCAAAAUAUGUAAAUACAAAGGAGUUUGUAUAGCUGAGACAGUUCAAAAGAGGGUCUUUUUUGUGUGUAAAAAUGACAUUAAUGCUACCAUUUUAGUUUUAGGAUAUUUUUUAUCUUGUAUUUUUCUAUUAAGAUAUCUAUUUUUGCUUUGGUAGGCUUAAAACUUAAGGGGGAUAAUGUUUUGAAGACAUAUUUUUUAUGAUAGGAGUAACACGCAAGGAAAGUCAACAACAGUAAAUGCAUUUUAGAAUCAAUAUUUAGGGGAGGAGAAGUGACUUUAUGGAAAAUAACAAACUUUUUAGCCCACUUUCUUCUCCAGGUGUAUGUGUCCUGCGUACAGUUAUUUAAACAAUAUAAAUGCAGUUACCAGAUCGCUUAUGUGAUGAUAACUCUGAUCCUGAAGAUAAUGAACUGUUUGUGUGUUAAACAGUCCCACAUUAGUCAGUGACACUAACUUCACCUUUGUACAAUUAAACACACAAACAACUAUCUUCAGAAUCAGGAUUGUAAAACACUACUCUAGGACUGACUUUAAUCCCACUGCCAUUAGUAUGCCUGGGAACUUUGCCAUUGACUUUACUAGGAGCAAAACUGAAUCUGUGAUGAAUUAGCUACUGACAGGUUAUUUCACGUUAGACAGAUGAGAGGUCUUUCUAGUCAAGAAACGGAAAUGAACAGCACGUAAUAUAAAUGAUGAAGACGACCUGUAAAAAUACUGUCUGUGAGAAAACCCAGCUAUGACUAUGAUUGUAACGCAUGAAAUCUUCUGGCUUAUCUUAUUCUGAUUUCAUAAGCAGAAUUUUUCUAGUCUCAGGAGUCAUAGUCAGACUUUAUACAAUGGUUAUUCUCAAAACUGGCACCAAAGCCUGUGUUCUACAAAACUUUUAUACUAUGAGAAGCCAGAGUGAAAAUUCAAAGAAACCAUUUUGAUGUAGCUAGAAGUGAAUGAAGAGCAAAAGCUGGCUCUGUUUUCUUUCUGCUGUCUUUUGUUGGUGGGGAAAUACUCCAUGGAAUAAUUCAUUGGACUGUUUUUGCUAUUUCUUUCAUUGCACUAUCUCUUAGCAUACGCAGUGGUUAUCACCUGCUUGCUGAUCGUCAGGAGAGCUGCAGGAUAAAUGAUGGCCAUAAAAUGGGUAGAUUUCAGGAUUUUAGGCGUCUUUAGGAUUUACUGUAACAGUUAUUAUUCACGUGGUAGAUUUAUCUCAUCCUGUUUUCCGAUCAAGAUCUGUAUGACUUCUGCAAAGGAACGAUAUCCAAAGUAACACUGAGACUAGUGGACAGCUUUCUGAAGUAGACUCCUCGUCUCAUGGGCAUCAGAGAAGGGUGUCGGCUAGAACAGUAUUCCAACUGUCAUACAGUUGGAGAGAAAAAAGACUUCCUGAUUAGUUUCUGGAAAAAUUUAAAAAUAAUUGAGUUUAUCUUGUCAGUGGGUGUGGUUUUGUUUGUUUGUUUGUUUGCAGUUUUUGGUUGAUUGGUUGAGUUUUAAAAAAGAAACUAAUUUCAGAGAGAACUUUAAUCUACUUUUGUUUUGCAAGUAGGCCUUUCUUUAUUUUUACUUUCUUUUGUCCUUUAGACUACUUUGCCAUAGCAAAAAGGAAGGAAAAUUUUUAAGCAUGUAGAGAAAAAGGGUAUGAUUUGAAGGAUAAACUUUUUUAGACAUGGUAAUUGCUAUGAGUUAUCUUGCCAGUUUGAACUGGCACCAAACUAGCCACUAGUUAGGGAGCAAAGCGGUGUUGAUCUGCCUUUUUCCUGUGCUGUACACAGCCAGGUCUGAGCAGAAGAUCAGAGCGAUGAGAUCUGUCUGAAGCAACACAUUGUUGGGGCAACUUUUUUGUUUUGUGGCAUCUCAUUAUAACUAAGCAUUCUUUAAAAAGUAGAACAAAAGGUCACUCCUCAGUUAAAAUGACAAUUCCUCUUCCCAGAUUUUUGUAGGAUUUUUAAUCACGGCUUCAGGAAGUUUCGUUCUGAGAUGUCUGUUUGUGGGAUGCUGAUGGUGGCCUGGCCACAACUUUACAUCCCAGCACCUCUCAUUUUCUAAAGGCAAACCUUUCUUGCAUGUUAGAGUAUUUUAGAUUAACAGGCAUAAUCUUUCUAAUUUGGUGUACACCUGUGAAUUUUUCCCACAGAACCAUGGAGAUCAUGUAAGGUGUUUCACGUAAGUAAAUUCCUCUAUAGCAUAAACAAACUUGCCCUUCAUAGCUGCCCUCAGCAGGCCUCCUGCUAAUCGUUCACAGGUCUUCCAGGAGCCACAGAUCAAAAACUGCCUUGAGUUUACAUUAUUCAUCAGGGUUUCUUUACUAUCUAAUGUCCUUUUCCUUUUUGGUUCAUAUGCAUUAGCUCAAUGCCACAAUGUUUAGGCUUCAAACUCAGUAAGGAAAUGUUUAAUCAAAGUAAUAAUAAUUGAUUCUCAAAACAGUUUUCAAAACCCACAUUUUUGGCUUCAACAAAUUACCUGUGUUACAAAUAUACAUUACAGAGCAGCACAAGGAGAGCCUUGACUCAGCCUAGCACUUCAGAACACGCAUGAAAUGUGCUCGACUGCAGCUUGUAAGUGCUUUACUCACUUGGGACCAAAGGGUACCGUACUGGCCAUGGCCAAACCAAAGGGAAUCUUGCCUUGUGCUUGAAUUGGAGUGAGGUUGGCAACAGAGUCCAUGUCUUUAUUUUGAAAUCUCACACCUAUGACUAUAAUUGGUGAAAUAGAACUGGUGGCUUCACAUUUUUGGCAGUGGAAAAUUCUGAUAAUUUGGUAUUUCAUUAAAUUACCAAAUAUCAGGCAGCUUAAUAGCUGAUUCACCUCAAAAUUCUUUUCUAGAGAAUAAGAUGGACAAAUCCUCUGAUGUCACUCCCUUACUUGAAGCACGUGUACUUCCACUGCAAGUUGGCUGUUGCAGCAUGCUCUACAACAGAGAAAGAUGAAGCAAAACUUUCAGUAGGACCUGUGAUUUAGUAUGCUGAGACCCACAGCUUUAGUGAGAUGCCUAAUGCUUUGGUGUGGACCUCAGGUAGUUUGGAAAGUUUUGCUUAUGGACGGACAUUUGUGUGCCCAGAGCUGUCUGUGACUGUCAUCAUAACCAGUUAAUUCUCAGUUCCUUCUGUGAUAUGCUUCACUGAGAAUAUUCAACCAAUGCUGAAAAUUGCAAUAGGAAUACUGUGCAUUUUGCAGGAUUGUGGCCAGAAUUCAGCUUAUUAAGGAGUUGCAUUCAUUCAUUUCUGAAAAUAAAUUUUAUUGAUCUAUUUUCAGUUUGUUUUUAAGAAAUGGUUAAUUGCAUUACUGAAAGUAUUUUACAGGGUUUUAAUGGACAAUUAUUAAGGUGUAAUUAAUACUUUGAAAGCAGAGGGAAGGAUGGGAGCUAGACAAAAUAAGAACAUGCUCCAUGACAACAUGUUUUAGUGUGAAGUUGAUCUCUCAUUUUUUGUCUUGGAGAUCCAAUCACUCUCUCCUUAAGCAAAACAAAGAAAACCUUCCAUUGAUUCAAGGGAAGUAAACUCAGGCCCUCACUGAAGUGUCUUCAGGCUUUAAAUUCAGCAUCUUGAAGCAGUUCAGAGUGAAUUUCUCAGCUUUGGAGUAGAACAGGCUGCAUCAGCCUUAGCUGACCUUGGCUCCGGAGCGAUUUUCACCUCAUGAAUGCCGUAAUGCUCCUGGAAAGCUAAGAAUAGACAUCAAAGACAGGAAGCUAAUAGUCCUGGUCGUAAAUUUCUUUGGCAAUUCAGUCCACCUUUUCCGGAGCUCAAGACAGUUCCACAUCCUUCACUACCCUCCUCUGUGCUUCAGAGUAGCCAUGUAGCCAUUCUGUUUUUUUAAAUAAAGCAGUUGAGGUUUUUUGCUCAUUUUCUCCCAUAGUGGAGUGAACACUGUUGAAUUCCCUAUUUUUUAAUGCCCUUUUCUCCAGUUUCAGAAGUACUCUGAAAAGAGACAGCUAUUUUCCAUCACGUACUCAGACAUUCUCCCAGUUCCUUGGGAGGUGGCUUUUCUGUAGUUUCGGCCCAUGCUUGUUGACUUGCUGUUCAACUGCCUGCACACCUUGCGUUGGCCACGUCAGCCAGCUGCUACUGGAGAUUUAGGGCCAGAAUUGUCCAGUGUUGCCUGUCAAGUAAACAAGGCUGAAAAAUUGGAUUAGCUAAAAACUUUGUGGAGUUUAAGUGGAAUUUUGAGGCUGGCAUCCUUUUAAGAACAUCCAAGGCUGGCACUGCAAAUUGAAGUUAGUGAUUCCUUGGCACCUGUUUGCUGCAGGACUGAGCUCACAGGAAGUGCAGUGAUCCAGGUGUGAGCAGAUGAUGUCAGGUGUCAUGAGCCACAAUUUUUACCCUAGUUGUUGUUAAAAAAUGACACCGAGCAUACUGACCUGCCUGUGAGGCAAAUGGAAGCAGAUAUGUUUCCUGUGGUACAUUACUUUUUCUGUGGGUCAGGAACACGUCCUAGUAACUUCUGUCACAGCAGUGAAUGAUGAAGGGAUUCAUUCUGUGGCACAUCUUUUUCAGGAGGCAGCGUUAGCCCUUUUUAGAAAGAAAGGAAAACAGAAGUUACUUUCUGGAAUACAUUUUGAAGACAUGCUGGAAAAAGCUUUGCCUUCAGAUGUGCUGUGCAUACUCCCUUCCUCCCCACCUUUCUUUCUUGCUGCUGAAAGCACAAAAAGAUUUGUGUGUGUGUGAAACCUUUCAAGUGGAAGAAUGGAAGCAUGUGCACUGUGCCCAUCCCUGCUUAGAGACAGAAAUGAAUUCCAGCGGCUUCAGACCUGUAUUUUUUCCAUUCUCAGAUACCUUUUAACAUCCUAACUCUUGAGACUGAUUAAAAAUGAUUGAUGAAAUUAAAACAAGUAGCUGUUUGUGAGAGACCUCAGACCUGGCUGUCUACGGGGUUCAGCAGGCGGUGCAGCAGACUUUGUUCAUGUCUUUUCUCUUCUAGAGGAUGACAGGAAGCCUAAGAACUUUGGCUUACCCCAGUGAAGCCUUAAGUCUGGCAUUAGUGCAUCUCUCCCCUUAUCUCACCAAUAAGAGAAGAAAGGAUAAAGGUUAAUAUUGGAGUUUUUAAGAGGUCAAGGCUGGUUUUGAUCAAGACAAUAACGCUGCCAUGGCUUUGAGGCUUUUUUGGGCUCAUGUUUAGUUAUGUCCAGUGUAUCAUUACAUAGACUGUUUUAUUAUGCUAUUACUUCUUCCAGAAUUUACCUUUCAGGAUGCCUCUUAACCAACAUACAUCGAACUUACAGCAUACGGAACGAGCUUUCAAAAGGAGAGGCUUAGAGUUCACUCAAAAUCUCUCACUAACCACUAACUUAAUAUUCUACAUCAAAGGCAAAAUAUUCUUAAUAAUAUGACACUGUUAAAAUGUAUGUUAAGCUAUAAUACUUCAUAAAAUCUUAUGUGGACUCACUAGGUGUUACAUUUUUGAAAGGUUAAAAUCCAAUCUGUGUGAACUGUUGCUUGGUGUUACUGUCACGCGAAUGUUUCUAGAGGACACUUGAGCACGCAAAGAAAUGUACCAAAAAGGGUGUUUUAAAAUGAUCUUGUUUUAAUGGUUGCUUUUGUAAUGUCAACUGAUAUGCACAAGGAACACACAGUUCUUUCCCCUCAAACUAUGAUCAGGUGUUUUGCUAUUGUUAUGCAAACCUUCAGCAGACAUAACCAGCACGGCUAUGCUGAUUCAUGGUUGUUGAUGGUCUGGACUUCUCUUUCUCUGUGAAAUUCAUAUGCAGUGUGACAGAAGAACAAGCCACACUAAAAAGUCAGUAUCACGGCUCCUAAUUCGUAGCCAGUUAUCCUGGUGCUACAUGAGGCGAUAAACAUGUCCUCUUUUAUUUGGUAUAUCCCUCAUGUAGUUUUGUGGCAGAUGAUGCAAUGAAUUCUGCAGUAAAGGUUGCAAAAGUUGAAAAUAUCUGUUCUGGAUAUAGGGAAAAUACUCGGGAAUUUAUUAUUCCCCUAUGAAGAUACCAUUGACUGUACUGAGAGUGGGAUCAAGCUCUUUUUGCACAGUGCACGGUCUUUAUUGUUCAGUAGCUAAUUUUUCGAGGCUCAGCAGAAGGAUUAUUCACCUUUUAAAUCCUACGUAGCCCCAGUAUCUAACAUUUAAAUGGGAAUUAAGGGAUGUGUAGGACCUGGCCAGGUUGUACCAUGCCCAUACACAGAUACAUGCAAGUAAAAACAUUUUUGCUGUGCAGGUCUGAAAGUUCUGAGAAGACAUAGAUAGAAAGGCAGGAUGAAAGCAAUGGGUAGAAUUUGCUGUGUUUCUUGUGCAUAAGGUGUAAUAAUCACACACAAAAAAAGAGGACUCAGGAUAGACACUGUGGACGUUAACUUUGUCCCCUAUUUGGGGGUGAUACUGUUCAUUAUUAAUGUAAAAAUACUGGACAACAGAGAAACCUAUUAUCAGUCUAGUAGAAAAUGAAUGGAAAGCUGCACAGUAUAUUGUACUGAUGUAAGUAGAACUAUCUGCAUAUAAUGUGAUUUUAUUUAUUGUUGUUUUUGUGUAGAGAAGAGUGAGUAUUCAUGACUGUGGAUAUAACCUUUGUUUAUGUGUUUAAUGUAUUUUAUUUCUUUUAAAACUUGGUCAUUUAAAAUAUCUACAUUCAUUGGUGUCCUUUGACUUUUUAUUAUGUGUGUUUUCUUUUACACAUUUUAAAAAUGAGAGAAUAUCACAUACCUAAAUUGUAGCAAAAUGUUUCCAUUAAAGAAAUAGGAAUAUGAUA